AAGGAUUGUUUGAAUACUGAUAAGUGAAUUCAUGGUACUGCGACGCUGCCUGUUAUCAAAAAAAAAUAUAUUCAUAACAUUAAAUACUUUUCCACAGCGCUCAAAUACUUAGUCUAGAUGUACUACUAUACAGAUGGACGUGUGUGCUUAGGUGUGUCAUAUUGUUGACAUUAUGCCAUCGACAAACAAAAAGAAGCAAAAGCAAGGAAGAGACACAGCGGUACAAGGAACCAAUGACAGCAGUGUGGUGAGCAAGGUGUCUGCUGCAGCACAAGGCUACUUUGAGGAUGUUUACCUCCAGCACUUUGUAUGCAAAGUAGCAAGGAGAGCCCCACUCAUAAACAGGGGCUACUAUGUGCGCUGCAGAGCUGUGGACCACUGUGUGAAGAGGUUUCUGCAGAUAACUAAAGACUGCCCCAAGAGACAAAUUUUGUCACUUGGUGCAGGAUUUGACUCUUUAUAUUUUAAGCUACAUGCAGAUGGGGCCCUCAACAGGGCUGUAGUGUUUGAGGUGGACUUCUCAGAUGUUACUCGGCGCAAGGCUGCUUUGAUUACUUCCAAUGUCACGCUGAGGAAAAUGUUAGACUCCAAUUUACCCGCUCCUACAGGCCCUGUGAAUAUAUCGAGUUCCCAGUACCAACUAUUAGGUGUGGAUGUUAGAGAGGAGCCCCAGGUGGAAAAAGCUCUUGGUGCAGCAGGGCUGGACCAUACUUCCCCUACACUAAUUCUUUCAGAAGUGGUUCUUACCUACAUGGAAACUCAAUGGUCAGAUGCUGUCAUUAGUUGGGCAGCAAAGUUCCUACCUCAGUCGCUCUUUUUAAUGUACGAACAAAUCCAUCCCAGUGAUCCUUUUGGUCGUGUCAUGCAAGAUCAUUUUAAGAAACUGAAUUCAACGCUGCACGCCCUUCAACAAUACCCAGAUACUGCUGCACAGAGACAAAGGUUCCUAGAUAAGGGCUGGGAGCAGUGUGUCUGUCUGGAUAUGAAUGAUUUCUACCUGGGGCUGGUCCCUGAAGAAGAGAGGAGCAGAGUGGAGAGUCUGGAGCCAUUUGAUGAAUAUGAGGAGUGGCACCAGAAAUGUUCUCAUUACUUCAUACUCUCUGCAUCCCGAGGUUCUUUAACAGCACAAGCCUUACUCUCAUAUCCUGCAGUAUCUCCAUUGCCAUCCAUCAGCCCAUCAUUAGGUCCUGUAGCCUUGAGUGUGCGGACCAUACCACUGAGUAUGGAGGGGCUGGGGAUGGCUUCCACCCUUAUGAGCCCAGACCAUGUCCUUCUAACAGGAGGCUCCAGCAAAGGAGGCAGGGGGGCCCUAACUAGUGUCCUCCAUAGGAGCCAUAACGGUUGGAAAUCUGUCUGCGUGGAACCCUCUGGAGAUCUGGGUGUCCGGUUAUACCACACUGGAACUUCACUUCCAGGAGGAGGUGUCAUGGUAUUUGGAGGCCGUUCCUCUCCCCUUAACCCAGUCAAAAGCCUUUUCAAAGUGACCCUUGACCCCUGCAGUACACAUACUCAUCUUGACUCAGAGGGCUCAGACAUAGUAAAACUCUGUAUGGAGCAGGUCGUCUGUACAGGUGAUUCACCCCCACCAAGAUGGAGGCACAGUGCUACUGUGGUCAGUCACAAAGACAAAGACUUUCUAUUUGUUUUUGGUGGAAAGAAUGAAUCAGAGAGAGUCCUUGGUGAUGGUGCAUUCCUGUCUCUAGAUCAAAAUCAUUGGACCGAGGUCCCAGUAGAGGGUGCAGCACCAGAGGCCCGUCUUUCCCACUCAGCGUGCUCAUACCAGGGAGGAGUGGUGAUGUUUGGAGGUUUGGACAGAAGAGGGGUGCCACUGGGGGACACAGUAGUGUUGAGACCAACUGAGAGUGGCUUCUGUUGGGAAAGAAUAGAGGUGCAUCCUCCUCCUGUUCCCAGAUACUCCCAUUCUGCCCAUGUGAUUGGUGAAAAGCUGAUUGUGUUUGGGGGAGUGUGGCUGCAUCCAGAUGGUGUACCUGGUGUUGUGGUGAUCAACCUCGCCACAUGCAGCAGUAUGGAGUUCACUCUGGACACGACGUCUGUGCCUUGGCCUCUGAUGCUCCACUCAUUCUGCUCUGAGCUUCUGGACCCAGAAGAAGCUGAGGUGCUCCUGAUUGGUGGGGGAGGAAACUGUUUCUCUUUUGGCACUCACUUCAACCCUCAGCCUGUCAUUGUGGAUCUGAAACCUGCUCUGGAUUUGAAUCAGCAGACAUCACAGAGGAUGAACUAAACCUGACGUGUUUGAGACAUUUUACAUUAUUACCAGCUGAGACAAAUGCUGUUGUUGAUUCCUGUAUAUGGAUGACCAGAUAUGCACAAAAGAUUCAGAAGUUCUAAACAUAUUGACACCAAGAAAUGUUUGCUUACUAGACAGGUUUUUAUUUGUGAGACCUCAGUUCAAACAAAGCAUUUGGUGAAAUUUGUUAUUAAAUAUAGACUCGUGAUGUUCUGUCAUAGAUCACUGAGGAUCUUCUUUUUUAUUCAUCUGGAUGGAGGUUCAAUCACUCAGUGAAGCGUCUAAAGGACUGGAUUGCGGGACUGAUAGCACCCCAGUCGCCAGGCUUUCGGUAUUCUCCCUUCUCUAGGAAGUACUGGCGUCCAUGGUAAUCAGGGUGCUCAUAGAACACCCACCAACCAUCAAAGACUUUACAUGAGUUGACCUCCCUCCAGCGAACUUUCUCUAGAAGUGAGGGACAAUCCUCUGUGGCCUCGAACACCUGUCCACCAAAGUCUGCCUUCUCAUACAGCUGCAUUUUGUAUUGGGUCCCACUGGUCUAGAAGACAGGGUUGUUAAAAAUAAGGAGACAUAUGAGUAAGAGAAUAAGGUUAGGGGAUGCAUUAGGAGAUCACAUUUGUAUUCAGUUAUAAAUAUUUUUUAUACAAUGACUCUGCUUUCACAAUCCACAUAUCAUGAUGUAACCUUUGUACAAAUGAUGGCCAAGUAGCAAGACAUGCACAUCCAUGGGUGGUGAAUAAUCUUCCGGGGUGCAGGAUAAUAGUGUAACAAAAGUAGAUGAAAUAAUCUGCAGACCAGUGUAGCUCCUGUGUUAAAGUUCUUCUUCAGACUUCUCUCAAGACUUCUCUGAAGUCAAACACUGGAGCUACAUUUGUGUGCAGAUUUUUCUCUUUUUCCAGUGGCAUGAUCUACAACAUCAUUUAGAUAUCCGUCUAUCAUCAAACAACAGCUCCCAUUGUUUGCAGUCUGCUUACUAUUCAAAGUAUGUACAAAUAGAACAAAACUGGGUGCAUGCCACUAUGACUUGCUAGAUUGAUUUUUGUAUGAAUGUGUUGACCAUGAAGCCGUCCUGAGGCUAUAGGUCAGCUGACUGUUAGCUCGAUCAAAACCAGUUCAGGCAAAUAGAUUGAUCUAGGAACUGGUCACCAGUGACAAAGCCUAGCUAGCAAAUGGGAGCAUCAACACCAUAACAUUUCCAUAUUUCCCCAUCUACUGGUUUGACUCUCCUAUACACUCAGAAAUGAUCCUCAACUUUAUGACUUAUAAAGACUGUAAACAUUUCAGAGGUAGUGGUUAAUCUGAAAAUCAAAACACAUGACACAUCAUUCAGCAUAAUGAGUAAGAGAGUUAAAGCUGCCAGAGAGAUCUCAGCUGUUGCAGAUUAGAUCUAAUCAUGAGAUGCUUAACUUACAAAGUGGAUGAUCUUGCAGGAGCUGAUGCGGUCAUUGAGGCCCAUCCACCGCUGAUAGUCCGAAUACUCCCCCCUCGUCAGUACAUACUGGUAGCCCAUGUAGUUGGGUCUCUCAUACACCACCCAAGCUCCACUCUCCACCCGGAUAGAGUUGCAGCGGCUUAGGUAGGUGUGGAAAUCUGAGCAGUCACUGUCGCACUCAUAGCGACGUCCCUGGAAGUUCUUGUCCUCAUAGAAGACAAUCUGGUGAACAUCACACACUAGUUUUAAAUAUCUCCUUAAACAAUCAGGCAGUUUAUCUUACAAUGUUUUCCUGGCAUAUUCUGAAAUUGGGCUCCAGUUGUUGUUGGAGUUUUACUGUCCAUCGUAUUAAACCUUCAACACAUCAUUGCAGACAAAUGGCCAAGGCAGCCAAAAUCUUACACACCAAAACUCAUUGAAAUGUACAUGAAACCUUUCUGUAGUGUUACCUGAGGCUGCCAACAUUAAGUGUCAAAGUCAGUCCUAGUUUGUAUCACUCACCCUGCCCAUCUUGUAUAUAAUGUGGGAUAGCCUAGUUGAUGGUAAGUGGUGGAUCCCCUGAGGUCUCAAUGUUGCACAGGCCCCUCUUCAGUCCCUUUUAUAUUCAUGCUGUCCCACAUUUAUAAACAGUAACAGUGUAGGCAAAAGGGGAACAAUCGCUUUGUCAUGAAAAUGAGAUCCAAAAAUUGAGUCAGUGAUUCUAGUGCUAUUCAGUUUUUCCAGAAAAGCGAGAAAGGAUUACGGCAUAAUGGCUUGGCAUGGGAAACGUCCACUGACCCCACAUCUGUACUGGCUGGACAUAGCGCUCAUCCCCCGCUUUCAGUCUCGCACCAUGUUACACAUGCCAGCUCCACCACUUUGUCCCCACCUGGUUAGGGUCUGCCAACUCAUGACUUAUUUCUGCCUUAUGGUUUGCAGUUACAGCAGUGAUAGUGAUGAAACUAUUGUUUAAACCACUUAAACAGAAAAUCUUACUUGGUUAAUUGUAUUUUUAUUUUAAGAAUUUAACUAGGAAGUCACAUGGAAUAUUUGUAAGACAGACCUGGCCCAGGUAGCAGCCAUAUAGACACAGUAUAUUGAAAUGCAUCAUUACUAACAUAUAUGAAGUUCUAGGAUCUUAAAUCUGCUCGUGUGAAGUGUCUUUUUUUUUUUUGCCAUAUUUAAAGUGUUUUACAGCAAAGUUAUUAACUUUAGAAUAGAAUGGAGUGCAUUAAGCAUGCCAGUGCAAGACAUAGUGUAGUGGACAUUACACUUGCAACACUUCUUCUAAUUCUUUAACGGCCAGUGUUGCAUAAGACAUUACAGUUAGCACUGAUGAUUCAACCGGAAUUCAUGUCCUUACUACUCAUCACUUUUGCUUAGAGAUAAUUCCCUGUAUUGUAGAUUCAAGACUCAAUGCUGUGUCCAGAGGCAAAGACAGAAUCAAAACAUGAAAAAAAGAGCCAAAUGGGACCUUCAGUUUUAGUCAAAACCUUUAUUUAUUUUUUGUGAUCUUUGUGUAGUAACUGCGUAGAAUGUUCAGCAUCAGUGAGGCAUUUUAGUUUAAUCCCAUACAACUUCAGUGGAAGAGACAUGAAAGUAACAUUUACAUUAAAAACCUUACAGUAGUAUAUUGUUUAUUGUAAUAUUUUACCAGAAUGUAUUUCAAACAAGCCCAUUUUUCUACAACUUAAAUGCUGCAACAGAAAAAUACUGCAGCAGUUGUACUGUGUGAAGUGCAUAGUGUACUGUGAAACUUCAACUUUAAGCAUUCUGUAAUGAAUGGAAAGUGUGGAAGCAGGGAGUUAAUGCUCCAGUGUACUUUUUUUUAGUAUUAAAUGCAUCAGUGGUUAAGGAGGUGAGUAUUACUGUAAAGGAAAAAAAAAUAUCACAACUGUUUAAUUAAUAGAAAAACAAACAAAACUACAUUAAACAUCACUUACUUGGCGACAAGUCUGCAAACUGACCAAAAAGAUUCAAUUUUGUCUCAGUUGAACAUUUCACACCUUAAAUAAUAAGUGCACAUUAAAUCAAAGGGAAAAACUCCUUAAGCACUUCUGAGAAUGUUGUACUUUUGGCCACACUGCUGUUGAUGCAGCCAUUAGGAUGAAGUGCUGUACGUUUCAGAAAAACCAGCCCACUGAGAGCAGUGUAACUAUAGUUAUUAGCUGUUACUGACAGCUGACAUGCUACAAGUUUAAAAUAAGUCAGCUUUGGAAGGUGCAUCACUUGUACCUACAAAAAUAUAAAUUAUUUUCUCUGAUGGAAAACCUGAUUGUUGUUUUUUUUUUUUACAUUUACUAUGAUGUAACAUACACUACAUUCCUAAGACCUGAACUACAGUGCACUACCUUGUCUUACAUACCCCUAAGUAAAAAAUCUACAUCCAUUCAUUCAUCAAAUUCAUGUGUCAUAUCCUCUUAUUAGAAAUAUUUUUAAUGAGCACAGAUUCUCCGGGGGUGUAUAUAUUUAGCCACAGCCUCUAGUAAGUCCCUUAAAGAUAUUGUUUUAAAAACAUUUUGCCCGAGAAAGACAACUUAUUUUAUUUUUUUUACAUCUGAUAUCUUUUAUUUCAGUGCCAGUGACGGUCAUCAUAUUGAUCCUUCUCCUGAGAUGGACCAAAUUUUUACCUCCUGUAACUAAUAGAAAGUUUUAGUUUGUUCACAAUGUCUUCAAAGAUACUACACCCAUUUGUUUUUACAGUCUGCACCACCACUGCCUGCGAUGUUGCUCUGCAACAUGCCAGUCUACUCCCUACUUUGCUUUCACAUGUUUUAGUUGUAGCUGCCUUUUCAGAGGGAGCUGCAAGACAGCAGAGGCUGAUAGCAAACCUUAAUGGUUCCAAACUUGUAUGAAGUAGACAUGAGUAACCAUGAACAAAUAUUUAUGCAAGUACCAAUUGGGUCUGCUGACUGUUAGGCUAUUUUUUAUUAUAGGAACACAAAUCCUGCUGUGUAAGCUGUUAACAGGAGAAUAUCAACAAUUCAACAAGCCACAGUUGACUGUCCCACUGCCCUUCCAUUUUUAAUGUGUUUGGUAUCGUUGUCUUGGGGUGUGUCUGUUGUAUCAGAGGCCUUUAAAGUAGCAAUGGUAGGUGGGAUGAGACUGUCAAGUUCUUGCCUGUGACCCGUUUCCAAGAGCCACUCAUGAAACUUAAUUUCCACAAGCUGCUGGAACUGACGCCUCUGUUCCCUGAAGAGAAAACAUAAUAAGAAAUGAGUCACCAGGGAAAGGCUGGAUCUUGUAGUGUUAAAGCACUGUAGUACAGAAAACAUUUAAGUUACAAACAGGUGACAAA